AAAAUAAAAUUGUGAGUCUCCUAUAUAUUAGUUGCUCUAGCUUGAGAAUUGUUGUCUGCCUCGUCUAUCUUUGAAUUCUUGGUAUAGCAUCUAAUUCCGCGCGCUCUCCAGCACCUUCAGGCGCUUCAGCUAACUCGAUAGACAGCUCUAGAUAUAUAUCGAUCGAUCGGUCAUGGCGCCGCCAGCCGCUGUCCAUGAAGGGACCGCAUGCAUGGCACCUGCAGGCCUGCAGGGCGCCGGUAUUCGCGGGAACUCGAGCUUGGAAGCAGCGGUCGUAGCCGAGGUCUCAUCCGCGAUCCAGAAGCUGUUGGUGUGGGUGUACAACACGCAGGGGAGAUGGCCCAGGAUAGCCGAGUACAACAUGGAAGACCUCAACAGCAAGGUCCGUGAGCUCGUCAGGGUCAUGGCACACGUCGGCUCCACCAUGAGCGAGGCCUGGAGCAACGGGCGGCCGCCUAUCCACAAGGCGGAUAUGUGGAUCUGGAGAGGGAUCGAGCUCAGGGACAGCGCCAUGGAUGUGCAGUCGAGGUUCGACGAGCUCGUCCGCAACGCCCCCUGCCUUUCCAUCUGCAACACGCCUCAGUACCUGAGAAAGAGAUGCCUGCUCAACUUCGAGGCGGUGGUGUGCCUCAACCGCAUCACGGGUCACCUCGUUCGCGGGUCUCAAGAAAACUAUGCGUCGGGCAGCGUGGAGCGCGUGUCGCGGCCGCCCAAGGACGAUCACGAGUUCGCCUCGCUGUCCAAGUCGUCUCCUCAGGACCAUGGCUGGGCCUUUCCGGCGGUUUGCCAGUUCCUGGACAAGCCAAGCUCCACGGUCGCCCAAGAACCUGCGGUGACCGGGCGGACGCCGGUGCACGCGGCGGACAGCUCCGGACUCGCCCAGCAACAAGAGGAGGCGGUGGCGACGGCAGCUGGGAAGGUGCAGCUGGGAGUGUUCACGGAGGUCCCGGCCAUCUCGUCCCAACGCCGCGAGAAGCUCGCCGUGAUGGUACGCGUGAAGGCGCCGGCGUACACCAAGCAGACGAGGGCGCCACUGGACCUCGUCAUGGUGCUGGACAUCGGUGGCAGGAUGAGGGAGCUGGAGCAGCUGAAGCAGGGCGCCAAGUUCAUCAUCCACAACCUCACGCAGCAGGACCGCCUCUCCAUCGUCACCUUCGGCCCGAGGGCAGACCGGCUCUCCGAGCUCACUCCCAUGACGGAACAAGACAAGAGGUCGUCCAACGACGCGGUUCAAGCCUUGGAGGCUAGCGGUGGUGUCAAAAUAGGCGCAGGCUUGAAUGUGGCAUACCAGGUGCUGGAUCGGCGGCCUCGGCGGGAAGCGCGCCGUUUGAGUGGCAUCAUCGUCCUCUCCGAUGGAAAGGACAUCAGACUAUUGAAGGAAAGCUUGCAAUUAGUAAGGAGAGACAAGUUCGGCCAAGUCAAGGGGACGAAAAGUUUCGAGGAGUCAGACACGGCCGUAGCGGUGAGGCGCCGGUUCCGAACCUACACGUUCGGCUUCGGUUCCUACCACGACCCACGCACGCUCUACUACCUGGCAUCCCAGGGCUUCGGCACCUACUCCUUCGUCAACGAGAGCGUGCAGAACAUCAGGGACGCCAUGGCACUCUGCAUCGGUGGCUUGACCUCCAUUGUCGCGCAGGACUUGGAGGUCACCAUCAGGGCAGCACACCCAGGGGUAGAGAUCUCCUCCGUCGACAGCGGUUGCCAUGACGUUUUGUUGAGCUCCAACAAGCACAAGUCGAUCGUCCAUAUCAAGGACCUGUUGGGCGAUGAGGAGAGGAACCUGAUCGUCUACGUGAACGCGCCGGAUCAGGAAGAACAUGGGCAGCUUGCGACGGCCUCCAUGGCCAAGCUCUUGACUGUAACAGCAGAGUACAGGAGCCCCCUGUCGCAGGAUGAUCUGAUCAGGGCGGACGAGGCUGCGGCGUAUGUGGAGAGGAGGCCAAAGAAGAAGCUGCUCGAUGGCCAUGAUCUCUCCCCAGAGGUGGCCUGCGAGAUGUACAGGCUGGGCGUUGUGAACCGUGUCUGGGGCAUAUGGACGGCGAUUCCAGUUACCACAAACCCAACGUACACCACCAUCAAAGGGGCAGUGAAGCUGUGGGAGAUUGAAGGCCUGGACCAGGACGAUGUCGUGAACCAACUGGAGAGCCUUCUUGCCGCCAUCGAUCCUUCCGUGCAGCCUAGCGCAGACCCUGACAUGGCUGCUCUCAGGAGAAGGCUGUACAACGAUCUCGAUAAAAUGAGGACCGAGUUCUCCAAAAAUGUGAUGGCAGGGUUGCCCUACGUGCUGUCGUGGCUCAGCUCACACCGGUGCCAGCGCGCCGCUACACGGGUUUUCGCCAGCGAAAGCUGCUUCCUUACCGUCAGGAUGAAGAACAUGAUUGCCUCAGUUGAGACCGCGCUGGCCUACAUCAUCCAGUAGAUAGAUCAAUAAACAUGCGGCAUCUUGAUUUUUAUUACUACUCAAUUACUCAUCUGAUCGAGAUGAAAUCCGAUCCAUCCACACCGUGUUCCCAUGAAUAAGAGGCCCCUACCGUCUAUAGUGCCCAUGUACAGUUCUGCUCGACUGCAUUGCUGACAUUGUAUGUAUUCCAUUUUUCUAAACUCAUAGUACAUUUGUAUAUCCAAUCUAUGUAUACACACAGGUUGUUUGUGAAUUUGUGAGGUAUAAGAUCUGUUCGUCUUAAUUUUGUACUGUAUCA